AUGGACGGCGCCGAAGGGCCGACGGCGGCGGGCUCGGAGACGGGCCUGGAGCUCUCGUGUGGGGGCUUCGAUUUCGCGUUCAACUCGCAGAACUUCUCUGACAGGGUGCUGCGGCUGGAGAUAGUCGCGGGCGGCAGCAGCGGAGACGAGGUCGCCGGAGGAUCCCUCGCCGGCUCGAAGCGCGGCCGCAACGAGGAAGUUUUACGAGUAAAGACGAUGUAUAUCAACUCAGCGAUUCUUGCUGCAAGAAGUCCUUUCUUUCUCAAGCUUUUCUCAAAUGGCAUGAAAGAAUCUGAUCAGACAUGCCCAACGCUUAGGAUAGCUGAUUCAGAUGAAAAUGCCCUUAUAGAGCUUUUAAGCUUUAUGUAUAGUGGAAAGCUUACAACAACUGAGCCCACUUUUCUUCUUGACAUCUUGAUGGCCGCGGACAAAUUUGAAGUCGUUUCUUGCAUGAGGCACUGCUGUCAGUUGCUCAGAAGUUUGCCUUUGACAACAGAAUCUGCACUGCUCUACCUAGAUCACCCAUACUCUUUGUCAAUGGCAGCUGAAGUUCAGCUUUUGAAAGGUGCUGCCAAGGAAUUCCUCGCCAACAAAUACAGGGAUUACAAUAAGUUCCAACUGGAUAUGAUGAACAUUUCUCUUGCUGGUAUUGAAGCCAUACUUUCAAGUAGUGACCUACAUGUGGAAUAUGAAGAUCAGUUAUUCUACCUCAUGCUCAAGUGGGCCCGUGUGCGAUACCCAGAAUUGGAGGAAAGACGUGAGAUCUUGAGUUCUCAUUUGCUCCCGCUGGUUCGCUUCAGUCAUAUGACCUACAGGGCGUUUCAGAGGAUCCUAACUUGUACCGAUAAUGACAUAGACCAUGAGCAAGUAACUAAGCUUAUCACUGGGGUACUUCUGUGCAAAGCCUAUCCUGCACACAAGCCAGGUGCUCUUGCAGCGUGUGCGACCUCUUGUUUGCCAGUUGCAGAGCGAGCUUACAAGUAUAGACAUCUGAAAGUGGUUGUGUUUGAUAAACCCCGCCCGCAGGUUAUAGCUUACAUGGACCUGAAGCAUGAGGAAUGCGCCCAACUUCUUCUGUCACAACAUAUAUUCUCGCAACCACUCCAUGUUGCAGGUCAGUGUUUUGUUCUUAUGGCAAGAUGUAACAAUCAUGAGCAGAGUGGGUCGUACAGAUUUGGCCUCUACUUGUGGUUCAACCCGGUGCUGAAGGGCUCAAGGCGUGUGACAGUAGAUUAUGAGUUUGCUUCAAGGACAAUGCCUUCACGGCAGUUUGUGAGCAAGUUGAAUGCUAGUCACACCUUCACUGAUGAUGUAGCAGUUGGACAUAGUGAUCUCUUCUCGGUUCCAUGGUCAACGUUGAUGGCUGACGAUGGCUUCUUCAUCGAUGGUGUACUACAUCUCAGACUUGAUUUGACGGUGGUUGGGCAGAUGGAGCCGCAAACGUGA